UCUCUGGAUUUAAAUAUUUAAUUGCGUUCGUCUCCGUGUGCAGUUUGGCUUAUGUUUGUCAAACAUGGCAUGAAUUCUCAGUUCGCCUUACUGGGUGUGUUGGGUUCCUCGGCUGUUUUCAGAAGGCAACAGUUCUUGAUAAGGACUCUUGGGGGCUACACUAAUCAAACCCAUCAGAACAGAAUUCAACAAACUAAGGCGAUGAGUGGGAUUGCCUUGGAGGCCGAUGCUGAGCACAUUUUGCGAGCAAUUACUCCGACCCUUGAUCCCACUAAACAUAAAGGCCAAGCUGGAAACAUAGCUAUUAUUGGUGGGUGUCGUGAAUACACAGGUGCUCCAUAUUUUGCGGCUAUUUCAGCUCUAAAAAUUGGUGCAGAUUUGUCUCAUGUUUUUUGUACAAAAGAUGCCGCUUCAGUCAUCAAAAGCUAUAGUCCUGAGUUAAUUGUGCACCCUGUUUUAGAAGAAUCCUACAGUGUUAGGGAUGAGGACAAACUAUCCACAUUGGGCAAGGUUCUGGCAGAGGUUGAUAAGUGGAUGGAAAGAUUUGACUGUCUUGUUGUUGGUCCCGGCCUGGGAAGGGACCCAUUUCUUCUGGGCUGUGUUAGUGAAAUCAUGAAGCAUGCAAGACAGUUCAAUGUCCCGAUUGUCGUAGAUGGGGAUGGACUUUUUCUUGUUACAAACAGUCUCGAUCUUGUUAGUGGUUAUCCCUUAGCUGUCCUUACCCCAAACAUAAAUGAAUAUAAGCGCCUUGUUCAGAAAGUGCUGAAUUGUGAAGUUACUGAUCAAGAUGCUCAUGAGCAAUUACUGUCUCUUGCCAAAGGGAUUGGUGGCGUAACCAUCCUACGGAAAGGAAAAUCUGACCUCAUUAGUGAUAGUGAGACAGUCAAAUCAGUGAGCAUCUAUGGUUCUCCUCGACGCUGUGGUGGGCAGGGUGAUAUACUUUCUGGAAGUGUUGCAGUAUUUUUAUCAUGGGCUCGUCAACGUCUUGCUGCUGCAGAAGGAGAUUCGAGCAUCAGCAAAAUUAAUCCUACAAUGUUGGGGUGCAUUGCUGGGUCUGCUUUGAUGAGGAAAGCUGCAUCACUUGCUUUUCAGAAUAAGAAAAGGUCUACCCUCACUAGUGAUAUAAUCGAGUGCUUGGGAAGAAGUUUGGAGGAUAUCUGCCCUGCGAGUUGAUGCUGAGUUAAUAGGAUGUUCCCAUUUCAUGGCUAAGAUUUAAAGUUGGUGCAUCUAGCGGUGUACAUGAUGUCAAUAUUAGCACAACUUUUAAAAAGUUUAAAUAAUGUGUUAUCAUGUACUUUGUUAGAUGUACUAAUUGUAAAUCCUGACCAUAAAUCCUGACCAUGGAAUGGAUAUUAAUAUAUUAUCAAAUGGAGACGAUCCUUGUCCAAAGUUCAUGGGCUUGGCCUCAAGAAAGACAUUGCUGGACUGAACCUCUUUCUCCUUCUCUUUCUUUUUCUUCUUCUUCUUUUCCUCCUAAUCAUGUAAACUUUUAUCUUGUAAAGAAUGGCUGAAGCUUUGACUUGCUCUUCCCCCAUUUUUGUCCUUUUCUUUCUGUUGCAAUUUUGAUGUAUUUUCAACAUUGGUCCGUUUACUACAAAUGUAAUGAUCACUCUCAUGCUCGUCUUUCAUUUUU